UUAGAUGAACAAACUGAAAAAGUUGCCUUAAAAUCAAUCGAGGUAUUCAUCUACUUCCUGUGUUUUGUUAUCGGUGGCCCACUGAACGUAAUCUCGUUGCGACGUUCACUUCGAGCUUUCAGUCAACAUAAAGCAAAAAGCCCUAUUUUACUUCUCCGAAUCAAUUUGAAUCUUGCUGAUCUCUGCACAUUGUUCGUCUUCGUGCCAAAGCAAAUCGUAUGGAUGCUAACCUACCAGUGGUACGGUGGUGAGCUGUUAUGUCGAGUAUGCUCGUUCUUCUCAACAUUUUCCUUUUAUGCGAAUUCAUUUGUAAUCGCUUGUAUAGCUAUUGAUCGUGUGUUUGGAGCUUACAAUAUGAGUUCGAUCAACGCUCAUCGUCGAGCUUAUCUGCGCUGUAGACGUCUUCUAGUGAUUGGAUGGUUGGCCGCAUUCGCUCUGAGUCUACCGCAGGCCCUCAUAUUCAGAGUGUUUGAGCCCUAUGAUGAUAAAGAUUUCCGACAGUGCACCCCGUUGUGGACGAUAUUUGUGCAUGAGAAGUUCAACGAGAUGAAAGCGACUAAUUCUUCAGACGUGGAAAAAAUCGAACAAGAGCUAAUGGAUAUGCAGCGACUGGAGAAAAUGUACAACAUCAAUCACUUGCUGUUCGUCUUCUGGAUACCGUGCAUUAUUAUCGUUAUCAGCUACCUGACAGUACUGUUGAUACUACAAGGGCACUUGAAAGAAGGUAUAGAUAUUGAUUUGUAUAAAUUGUUUUUUAGCAGACUUCGAAACGUAGGGUAUAAGCCGUGCACUAUGUCUGGCAAUUAG